AUGGCUGCACCUCAAACUCGACCGUAUAGGCGAAUCCUCACCUCGGCUCUACACCGAAGAUUUGUUCAUGCGUCCGCGCUUUCACUCCUGGUGAGCUACAUCAUCGCAAUUGCGAUCGGGGAGAAGUCAUCAUUGUUCUGGUCAUGGUUCCCAAUUGGUAGCUGCGGUGUUCGAACCGCCCUAAUCUUUAUCUCGUCACUCGCCAUCUUUGUCCUGCGCGUUGGUCAAAUGCACAUCGGUCCGAGGACAGCGAGCUCCUCAUUGGGGAUCUUCAAGUCAUUUUCCAUCAAAAACUUCCAAGUUGCGCAAACCUUCGGCUGGUACAUUUUCUCCGCUUGGUGGUUCACCUUGAUCUACGUUUGGUCGUCUUCACCCAGUGCCAAUCUCCAACUCGUUAAAAUGGGCAAGCCACAUGAACGCCCCACCCUGAACGAACGGCCGAUCUACCUCCACUCAUUCCACAUCGUUCUCGCAUGCGUCCAGGCAAUCUGUCACCUUUACUACGACUACGACCGUGUCCCUGUGCCCAUCGCUGAACGGAGCACAAAGACGAAUGAUAAGCGUACUCAUCCAGUGCAACAGACCUCCAAGUAUCUUCAGGGCGCUUUGCCGCAGCAAUUGGCAGAUGGGGCUUUCCGUGCUAUCACUGUUGCAGCUGCAACACUGGUGGUCUACCCUAUGUUUUUCCGACAGGCCGCUUGGGGCUGGUCUUUGUACAUGGCCAAACUGUUCUGGAGCUUCCAAAGGUCGGCAGCUGAGCCCUCGAGCUUCGUUCCCACGAUUUUCCCAUACUUCUUCUUCCGAACUCUGCUCCCGGGCCUUCUCCUUGUCAUGUCCUGGCAAUGUUCCAACCUCUUUUAUUCCGUUUUUAUCGGCAAGGAGCCACUCAAGCGGGGCCAACCACUUACUUCAGAUGCCAAGGAUCCCAACGGCAGUCUUUUGAACGGACUCAGUGCCAAGAAGGAGGUAGUGAAGACUUUCGCGCUCUGGGAACUUGGGUUGAUCAGUCAGGGCAUGCCUGAUCGCCGGAAGACAAUCUUCAACGAAAUUGAUCGCGCGAAUGGAUCAGCAUGGUCACAAGUCCUUGCUUCUAUCACUGAAGUCAUCCAGGGUGUGAGCAUUCGCAUCGAAGAAAGCAAGAACCCUGCCCUUGCCGCGAAGCCAGUGCCAGAGACUGAUAAGCCGGAGCCUGUCCUCCACAACCUCCCACGGUUGACCGACCCGAUCAAAGACGAAAACAUCUUCACCACUGCCCCCAAGGCCACCUCUCGCCAGGACCGUUUUGGUGAUGCAUUUAGCUCAACCGCCAGGUCCCUCGGUGGGUCAGAAGACUGGACACCGACUGCGCGAGCCCGAGUCCGUGAUGUCUUUGAUCGAGCAUCCUCGGCCGUUCUCAGCCCUGAACAGAAGCAGAAAUAUCUCGCCUCUACUCAGAAGCUCAAGCUUCUAACGGGAGGCCCCUCGACGACCUACAAACCUGAGGACGUUAAUCCUGUUCUAGUGCAGUUCCUUCGCUCCCCCAUCGGCCAGCCCUUCCGGCAGACUUAUGCCCAGCGCCUGUGUGCCAUCGUAUUUGGAACACCUGAGUCUUCUUUGUGCGCUAUCGUGGACGCUGUCGAGUGUCUGACCCGCCUACUCAUUGCCAGUCUGGCAGAGGAUACCUUUGGUAAGGUUCAGGCUGAUCUGCCAGCUGCAGUCCGCCUUCUUACGCAGACCAUUCUCUCAGUGGAUGCAUUUGCCCACCACGGAGGCCUUGACGCGCAUUGGACCGAUGUCAAUUUCCCAUCAUCAAGCGAUCCCCAGGCUCAAGAGCAAGCUCGCAGGAUCCCGGAUGUCGAGAUUCUGCUGACUACGCUUCGCGGCAAUCUCAAUGACCUCCUGACGGCCUUCAAACCGUACCUACGGGAUAUUGGAGUGGCCGGCAAGGAUCUGAGACUCGCCAAGGAGGCAGUUGGUAUUGAAUCAGAGGAGCUGCCGUUAUGA